AUGCUUACGUCCACCAGAGCAACGAGUCUUCAUCUAUCUCAGAAAUCCAUUUCUGAAAAAGAAGGAACUGCACGGUUUAGAAUCGUAGUGAUGGGAGCAGCUGCCGUGGGUAAAAGUUCUAUCAUCUCACAAUUUCUUUACGAGAGAUUCGUCAGUGAAUAUAAAGAAACAAUUGAAGAACUACAUAGAGGAGAGUACAGUGUGAAAGGCACGCAGCUUGUUUUAGACAUUUUAGAUACUGCCGGUGCUCAUUCGUUUCCUGCCAUGAGAAAGUUAGCCAUAGCCACGAGCAAUGCCUUCAUACUAGUGUACUCGGUCAACGAUGAUACCUCCUUUGAUGAAGUAAUAGCCAUGAGAGAACAGAUCAUUGCCGAGCGAGACGAUGAAAAUGUCCCAAUUGUGAUCGUGGCAAAUAAAACAGACGUAUUAGAAGAAAAACGAAUAAUUAGUCGAGAAACGGCGGAAAUGCUUGUGUCUGUGGAGUGGGGAAACGGAUAUAUCGAGGCCUCGGCCAAAGAUAAUAUCAACAUUGUAGGCAUUUUUAAGGAAAUUUUAAGACAAUCAAAGGUGCAAUGCUCUCUAAGUCCUGCUGUUAAGAGGAGGCGGAUUUCAUUGCCAGCCAUUCUGUUUAGCAAAAAGAAGGCAUCAACACAACCCAAGAGACGCAGUUGUUCGCUUAAUUAA